GCCCUCCGGAGGUCUCCUGGUGAAAAGAGGUAUUGGCGAACGCAUUCAGCAGACUUCCAUCGCCAAAGGAAGAAGAAGAGGAUCAUGGCGGUGAUCGCUAUUUUGGCGCUCACGGUCGUCUGCAUUCCAGGGAUUCUCGCGCAGACGCCGGAUACAAGCCACGUUCAGGUCGAGCGUCAACUAAUUCACAAUGCGGCCGCUAGGUUACUCAGGGAGGAAAGUUCUCUCCUGUCAAAAGAAUGCACGAAAGUCGUCCAUCUUCUCUGGGAAUACAACACCAACAUUACUGCCUACAACAAAGAGGAAAUGCUGAAAGCCCAGCUGAACUAUGCUGCCGUCCAAAAGGAGUCGUGGAGGAGAGUACAAAAGUGGACUAAAGUUCGAAUACUAUUGAAAGAUCAAUACUUGGAGAGACAGUUUCGGGAACUGGCGGUACUUGGGUCAACAGCUUUGCCCGAAGAGGAACUAAGAGACUACACCAGAGUGAUAACAGAAAUGUCUACCAUUUACAACACUGCCAAGGUAUGCAGUUACCACGACCCAAGCAAAUGCGAUUUAACUCUUUCAAAAGACUUGUCGGAGAUUCUCAAGACCAGCCGUGACAACGAAGAACUGAAGUACAUCUGGAAGACGUGGCGAGACAACUCCGGAAAGCUGAUCAGGCAGCAUUACCGUGACUUCAUUCCCAUGGCGAAUAAAGCUGCUAAGAUAAACGGUUUUGCAAACCAGGGUGACAUGGACAUCUCAGCCUACGAGACAGAAGGGUUUCGCCAGGAAAUCGCAGCUGUUUGGGAACAGCUCAAGCCAUUUUACGAGCAGCUCCACGCUUACGUCAGGAGGAAGCUAAGAGAGGUAUACGGAGAGGAUGUCAUCUCGGAGCGUGGACCGAUCCCUGCCCACCUUUUGGGCAACAUGUGGGCUCAGCAGUGGUUGGUAUAUGAUAUCGCCUCGCCAUACCCCAAUAAGGUUUCCCUUGAUGUCACGCCGCAGAUGAUCGAACAGGGCUACACACCAAAGAAGAUGUUCGAACUGUCUGACGACUUCUUCGCUUCCCUCAACCUGACCCGGAUGCCAGACAGUUUCUGGAAACAUUCCCUCUUGGAACAUCCUGGCGACAGGGAGGUCAACUGCCACGCCUCCGCCUUCGAUUUCUGCAACGGGGAGGACUUCAGAAUCAAGCAGUGUACAAAAGUGAACAUGGUUGACCUCAUCACCGCCCACCACGAAAUGGGUCAUAUACAGUACUAUCUUCAGUACAAACAUUUGCCCUACGCCUUCAGGAACGGCGGUAAUCCAGGUUUCCACGAGGCCCUGGGAGACACUUUAGCGCUUAGUGUGUCGACACCGAAACAUCUCGAAAAAAUUGGUCUCCUGAAGGAAGUUCAGGAAGACUACGAGGUCGACAUCAAUUUCCUCCUGCAAAUGGCUCUCAGCAAGAUUGCCUUCCUGCCCUUCGCCUACGCUAUGGACUCCUGGAGAUGGGGCCUCUUUGACGGUUCUAUUCCCGAAAAGGACUGGAAUUGCGCUUGGUGGGAUCUCAGGUACGAAUUUCAAGGAAUCAAACCUCCUCUUCUGAGGACAGAGGACGACUUCGACCCAGGAGCGAAAUACCACGUAGCUUCUAACAGGGCAUACAUUGGGUACUUCGUGAGCUUCAUUAUACAGUUCCAGUUCCACAAAGCUCUGUGCCUGAAAGCAGGGCAGUAUGACUCCGAAGACCCCAGCAAACCAUUGCACAAGUGUGAUAUCUAUGAGUCAGUUGAGGCUGGCAAUGCUCUUGGGGAUAUGCUCCAGCUGGGGUCUUCCAAACACUGGAAGGAGGCCAUGAGCGUCUUGACCGGAGAAGAGGGGAAAAUGGACGCUUCCGUCAUCAGAGAAUACUUUAAGCCUCUGGAGGAUUGGCUCAGGGAAGAUAAUCUUAAGCACGGAGAAUUUGUUGGAUGGAGACCAGACGGACAGUACUGCGUCUACAAAGCACCUUCGAAUUCUCAAUAAAUUCCAAACAGUGAAGCAUUUAGUUCAUGGCUAAAUGCGCUUUUGAGUCCUGUAUAAUUCACACCUAUUUAUUAUUUAUUUAUAUGCAUGUAUUUCUUAAUUCUAGGACAUAAAUGUUUUAGUUCACUUAUUUCCGAGAGAACACAAGGAAACUUUAUAUUGUAAAGCAUAAGGGAAUGAGAGGAAAAAAUCAAAUAAAAGAGUUGAUUUUAUUUGCCUCGAUAUUCACAGUAGUGUCAUUAUGGAUUGAUGUUUAUUACUCAAAAAACGUUUUUGUCGAUAAUCUGAUGUUUUCUUGAAAAAGAUUUGACGAGGUAGUAUGUCUCCAGUUCGGUGAUAUUAGUAAUAUUUAUUGUUUCAUCCUGUUAUUAUUUAUUGUACCAAUAGAUAAGAGAAUAAAAAUAAGAAAAGUAAAA